CACUUUAAUAGGCAGAAUGGGAAGGCUUUGCGGUGUUCCUGUCCACCCCAACAUAGCCGUCACUUUAGCAUAUCAUUUGGAAGCCAUCCAGGCCACGCAAGCCAGGCGCAAGGACGAGAUCGUCAAUGCUGUCAACCCCCAGAGGCCAGGAGCGUCUCGCUGCAAUAAUGAAAAGGAUGUUCUUGCUCUAGCAGCUGCCAUUAAAGAUUUGGCUGUCUCCACACGAAAAAUGCGCACAGCUUUGUGGUGUGCUCUUCAAAUGACUCUCCCCAAAACUUCGCCCGGCGUUUCAGCGAAAGAGGAAGAAGUGGAAAGGGCGCUGCGAGAGCUUUGCCCCGUGAGCAGCCGCUUGCAAGGGAAGCCCGGCAUGGAGCAGGAAGACAAGGAAAACAAACAGGAGAACCACGAGGAACCUCGACGUGUCAUCCGAUGAGCGGGUCAAAAAACAAACCUUGUAGUCACGUGGAAAAUGUGCCAGGCGGUCGGUGCUACUCCACUGAUACGUGGCGUGUGUUUCCGCUGUCGUGGCUCAAGUCUAGAUAUAUGCAUCUGUGUUAAUAGCGUUGCAAUAUUCUUACUGUUGAUGGUGUUACGUUGUCAUGUUAAAUAGAAAGAAUCAACCGAUAAGCAAAGACAAAGCUAGAGUAGAUAAUUUUCCCGACUUCCAGGCCAAAACUGGGACUUGUUCUUCUGUCUGGGAAACCAGCGGGGGGCUAAGUGAAUUCUGGUAUUUUACUAAUCGAACAUGUCUUUUGUCGUGUUGGUUUGUUUGUUGUUGGGUUUGUAAAUUCAGAUAUUUGGAAUGCCAAAGGGGAUUGCUAAAUACUGGUUUGAGUGUCUUGAAUCAGCAACCGAUAAUGCCGUUUCUGUUACAGUAUUGUCCAGAACUGAACUUCUUGACGAUGAAGCCUUCAGCAGCGGACAUUGAAUGCGUUACUUUUGUGAAGCUGCGUUGCCAAUCAGAACUUUAUGCCCAGCAAACUUCGGUUUCCCAAAUCGGUCAGCUUCUGGCUAAAAUCAACAGGCUGGGUGGGCGAGAGGCGCGCAAAUACACUGCAGUGAAUGUUGCAUUAUGAAAAGCAGUAGCCAGAGAGAUUAGGUUGUCCCUUAAGAUUAGUAAUGACGCCAUAGUGACUUAAAACUAACUCGGUGUGCACUUAAUGGGGAAAAAAAGAUUAUUAAUUAUUUGCGUAUUUAUUUUAAUGGCUAAUAUAUUUUAAUUUAAUGUUUAAUGUACACUUUGAUCACGUGGCAGACCUAACGUUCACUCAGGAAGUCUGUGUGUUUUUAAUCUAUGAAAUAUACCCGUGGUUGUUUAUGGUGUUUGUAGAACAGUUACGUAAGACUAACUCUGUACUAAGUUACCAAAGUAGGCGGAUAUUUUUUUUUUUUUGCAUAAGGAAAUUCUAUGCGUUGAAUUGCUGUUUGGCUUCAUGGGGUGGGUCAGACAAUCAGAAAUAUGAACAUGUCAUGGUGAAUGUACAAACGGAGAACCAGAGUUUCUCAGGCGUUCUCUUGAUUUUGGUUGCUGUGUUAAGUGUUUUCCCCCUUCGCAACAAAGUUGGGGGCAGUUCCAUGCAAACAAAAGUGGGCACAUGCACACACAUAGCCGCUCUUCUGCCGCAGCAGAGAGGAGGGGGUUGCAUGUGUUGGAACUCCUGUACGUGCAAGGGAUCUCUGGAUUACGGAAUUUGCUCUUUGGGUACUUAAUCGCUUACAAGCAUUAAUAAUAGUCUUACAAAACUAGAGGGUACCUCAGCAAUAAUCAAGUAAUGUGUUCAUUGGUAUGUUAAAUGAAAAACUGGAAAAAAGUUUUUAACCUGGGUGCCAAGGGAAGAAACACUAAAAAGCCUUCAAAGAGCUUUAAGCUGAAGCUAAAUUGGAUACUAUUCCAGAAACAUAACGAAUUGGGUUCCCUGUGGCUUGUUCCCAACAGCAUUUACCAUUGAGCUGGUGAAGAAAGGGUUUAGAUUAAAAUUAGCGUGAACAGGACAAGAAAUGUGGUCUGUGUAGCAGGAAACGCAGAUACCUCGCCUUCUCCCUGAUUCUGUGAUUAGUUUAAAAAGAAAUCUCUGAAAGGCAAAGGUUCCAAAGGUUCCAUAUUCUUACUGGGAAAUAUAGAUUAUUUACAGCCUGAGAUUUAGUAGAGAUCAAUUCUUAAGGAAUUCUGCCAUGUGUGUUUCUUCUGCACUUCAUGUAAUAUGGUCAGGUGUGCUUUUGUGAGUUAAAAUUAGUUUACGGUAUGAGGAAUCGAUUGAAUUUAACUCUUGUAACUUUACUAUGUUAGAAAUGGUAAUUUUACUUGUCUCCUUUCUUGUUUACAAUACUAUUGUACUUCUCCAGAACUGUGUGAUAGUAGCAAACGCUUUAGGCGCACAGUUAUGACUUUAUGAGAAAACUGUUAUAAAUGUGGUGGUAAUUGGUUGGUCUAGGUAACGUGCCUUGAAGAGUCUUAAAAGCUAAGUAUAUCUGUGUGCGCUUUAUUUUUGUCGUAACUGAGCAAUAUAUUUAAAGGGACAAUAAUAAGCUGCUUUUGAUAGCUAAUUGUUUAUUAUAUGAAUGUUUCAUAACCAAUUUUCCGCACUGGGCUCCCUAGCUUUAGAGUAGACGGGAUGUCUCCCUAUCGUUUGAUUUCGAUUGCCUGCUAAAGCGUCAUUUCUCAUCUAAAUAUAUAUUCCUGCUGCAUCUUCUAGCUGUCGUCAGAUGCCCGCCGAAGGAUGAGAAUUUUAUGCAUGUUUCGUGAGAGUUAAUGAUCAGCAAAUGAGUUUUAAAAACCCAGCUGCUUUCUACUAGUAUGUCUGGGUAUGUGGGAUGUUGUUUUAUUUGCCUAUAAUUUUGACCAUGGCCUUCUGGCUGGCUGACACAUGACAUUCCUGGCCAUUAAGAUUUGGCUGGGACGUGAAACCCCUGGCUUAGUGUUUAACAGAUUCUCUAGAUGCUGGAUGCAGCUACUGGGCCAUUGGUUAUGGUGUUGUCUGACCCUGUGUGUUAUUUGCUCCUCGAGCAUUUUGCGGGGCUGAGUCUUUUGCAGUCUGAACAGAUAAAGUUGCAUGUCCUCGAAAAGCUCUGAAGUGUUUUUUUCCCUUUUUCAUUCGAGGCCUCAAACUGCAGCUUGCCUUCUGUAUAACCUGGGUGUUGCUUAAGGGUGGGAUUUAAUGACCUUGGAAUGAGACCAGUCGGAGUUCUGGAAGCGGAAAACGAGGAGUGGGGUCUCCAUGGUUCAAGCCAAUGGUCAGUUUCCCUCCUUGGACAAAGAAUGUAUAUCAGUCCAACUCUGGCGCUUCAGAUGUUCAUGGACUACAAUUCCUAUCAGCCCCUGCCUGCAGGGGCUGAUGGGAAUUGCAGUCCAUGAACAUCUGAAACGCCAGAGUUGGACACCCCUGUUGUAUAUUGUGUGCUGUGAUGCAGCAUCUGAUGGGUAGAUCUUGUGUUACCUGGAACUUGGCUGGUGUCCACUUGAGUUCCAGAUAUGUUAAAUUACAUAGAGCAGAUGUGGUUAGUUAGCUUUUUUUAAAAAAAAAUCACAAGUGCUUUGCUGGAUUGGUGAUAUAUUCUGUGUGUGUUUCUAAACUUGCAAUAGUUUAUUCUGUAGUUGUGCGUGGCAGCUACUGUGGUAAAGUGGAGUUCAGUAGCAGAGACGGAAGGCAGUUCCGUCGGAGCCUGAUGACCAUACAGUCCCGCGCUUGCUGAAUUCUGCUUUGAUUCCCAGGGAUUUUGUUUAUGUAGGAAGUGUUGGCUUGCAAAAGAUUUGCUCCGAGGCGGUGUAGAUUAUCCUUAAGGUUGGGUUCUGUAUGAUAUUUCUACAUGUGAUGAAUAGUGUCUUCUGAUUCUCCAAAAAGGCUAAUAAUUUAUAACACUAGAGCUUAUCGGGCGAGGGGCAGAAUUGAGCAGUAGGCAGGUGCAUAAGGACUUCCUUGUGUCUAGUAUGAUUUAUCUUGGGGGGGGGGUUUUUCUCAAAUUGGCACUGUGGGGCCUCACUAAGUUAUGGCAUGUUGUAGCCUUCAUAAAUAUUUUCUAAUACAAACAGGAGUGGGCAAAGCUGAUACUUUGAUUAGAAAACCCAGUUUGCUUUUUGAAUUAUUUUAUUGAUUUUCAUGUGCCAUGUGCUUCUUUGGUUAUAAACUGUUUCUUCUUCUUGAAUGGCUGGCACCAAGAAGUUCCAGAAGGAAACUUGCUGGGGGUUUGGUUGGGAUAGCAGAAUGCUGAGUAAAGCUACGAUAAAUCCUCAGCCAUCAGGCUUAAAAGGUUUUUUUUGCGAGUUUAGUGUUUUGGCUUUGGUUUGUUUUUAACCUUUACUUGGUUGGACUGAAGCCCAGCUGUUUAAAUGGUUGCCAGUGUGGUUUUGUGGGCUUUACUUACCAGCACGCUUGAUUGUUUUUCAUAGGCCUUUCUAUAAAAUUAUGAAAACAGAUAGUUGUGUUUGUGAAUGCUUUUGCAGCAGGCUUGUAUAGCAUCUUGACACGUGGGUUUUACAGGCUGUGAGUCUUUCUGGUAUAUUUUAAAAGAAAUAACGUGUGCGUGUUUAUUAACUAUUAGCAAUACAGUUUUGUGAUGCAAAAAGGUGUUCUAGGUGACUUAUCCAACUUGCAGACAGGCAAAGAGUUCCAGAGGAGCAUCAGUCAAAUAAACGACUAACUUGGCUGCGUUGCCAGGUAAGCUUCAAUAAUGAUUCUGCUUGCUGGCGAAAGGUGCAAGACUGCCAAGAAAGAUGGCGGAUCUGGGCCACGAAUCCACUGGAAGCUGUCUGCAUAGGAAGCAUCGAGACGGAGCUUUUUGGCAGUUUCCAGCGCAAGUAUGAGAAGACAAAGCUUGCUUUCUUAUUUUUAUUACCGAUAAAGGGACAGCUAAACAGUCUAUUUUAAUAUAACCUUUGUAGUACGAGUCCUGUGCAUCAUUAGCCAAUUUGGUUGAAUGGUAAACUUCUACAUUGCUAGAGACAAAAAAUGGAAACUCUUUCUUACCAGUCAGUUUUAUGUAGUGUCUUGAGCAGAAAUGUGUUUGUGUCGGGGGGGUCGCCUUGCUGCGUAAGAGACUUGAUCCUUAGUCAAUUUAGGUGCUUACUCCUUGUAUCUGGAAACAACUGUGGAUCCGAAAGCUGCAAAAAUCUCACUUCUACCUCUCCUGGAACUUUCUAAAUGAUGAUCAAGUUCACUCUGCAGUGGCCAACCAAGGCUGGUGUGUAAAGCUGGGGUUGGGGGGGGGGGGGGCGUACCUUCGUUAAGUGUAUUGAGUGAACCACUAUGCCUUGUAGAGCCAAGGCAGACCGUCAUUGGCAUGGAAUCAUUCGACAUAACACUAUGUGCACUUGCAGACUACGUUAGGAAAACCGUAGAACAGUCAACAGGUGCAAAACAUUUGUUUGUGAAUCUGUAGAAAUCAUGGUCAGUAAAACGUUCUGGCGCUUUUAUAUGGGUUUUCCCCCCCUUACCUAAAUUGAUAAUGUGCCUGAUUGUUACCACUAGUAUUUCCGUUCUGUUAGACUGUUUCUCACAGUACUUUUUUCCCUUCUGGAAUUGUCACUGAGAAAUGCCUGUUACGUGUGCUGGCAAACAAUAAAGUAUUUAAUAUUUAAA